AUGUCCGCCACUGCGGACGGUCUGAAAGCUAUGAGUGAUCUGGCGGACGCGGCGGACAAGUCCCGCCAGAAGAGUUGCAACGCCUGCGUACGGAGCAAGCGCCGCUGCGACAAGCGGACCCCACGCUGCACACGCUGCAGCGAGAAAAACUUCUCGUGCGUGUACCAGAACCUGCCGCCUACCUCUGCCAAUGGCGGUAGUGGUGUAGGUGUUGGGAACCUCGGCGGCCGGGUCGACUCCUCUUCCUCCGCUGGCGGUAUGAGCAGUAACCCAGACGACACCCUCCAGGCUAUGGACAUUGAGGAUGAUUGCAGCAACAUCAACGAUGACCUCCCUGCCUUUGACUUCAACACACUCAGUGAUCACCAUCUCCAACAGCAACAGCAACAUCAUCAACUUCAGCAGCAGCCCACACCGCCAUCGUCAUCGUACAUUGAAGGCGGGCUCCCGACGAUAGUAAUGACGGAGGACAUUCAAAACAGCAUCGGUAGCGGCAGCAACAGGAGAAACGUCGACAACGCCACGUCAGUGCCGUCGACACUGUCCCUGAACCUCGACUUGAAUGCCGCCAACGCGCCAUUCGACUUCAACUCGGUCAUGGAUUUCCUGAAUGCCGACCCGACGGCCGGCGGCGAGCUGCAGCUCUGGGAGACGCCGUUGACGCCCGUGAUGCAGAAGAACAUGCUGCCGGAGAUCAACCAAUCGAACCCGUGCGAGUGGGAUGAGAUGGGAGAUAUGUGUCUCUCUCUUCAAAUCCUACCCCAUGCCGUCCAAGGGAUGAGAACUCACGCGUACCCACAGAGCGGCUUCCAACCAUGGCAAAUCCACGAGCCAAACUCUCGCGUCGGCCACCUCGUCGGCCUCGUCAAGAACAUGCACGUCGUCUUCGCCCAGACAAAGCAAACCUCCUUUCUCCACCGGCACCUCUACCGCGGCGUCCGCGAGACGCCCAGGCCACUGAUGGCGGCCUAUACCGCCAUCUCGGCGUACGCGGGCAUGACGGAGUCUAACAAGGACUGGGCCAUUCGCGCCGUCUGUGAGGGUGCCAAUGAGAUCCUCAAGAGCGGCCGUGGCGCCAAAGAUUCCUCCUCUCCCUCGUCGUCGACGACGACGGCGGCGACGACAGCGGGAAGCAACAUGACGGGGCACGAGAAGCUUGCGAGGGCGCAGGCGCUGUUUCUGAUCCAGACGGUGCGGUGCUUUGACGGCGAUGUGACGCUGAGGGCGCAGGCGGAGCGGGACAUGGUCGUCUUGGAGACGUGGUUGAAGGAGCUCGAGGGGCUGAGGGACAACUUUGACGAGGUGCACCUGCUGGAUGAUGGCGCGUUGCGGGGGAGGCCGCCGAGGUCUUGGGAGGUGUGGAUUUUCAACGAGUGUGUGCGGCGGACGGUGUUGAUGGGGUAUAUUUUCACGAGCAUGUAUCAGAUGCUCAAGAGUGCUGGCGAAUUUGAUCCUGACAUCGCGCCUUGGCUGAUCCCGAACCGCUGGACCUUCUCAAAACACCUCUGGGAAGCCCAGUCCUCGCCGGCCUUCUUUUCGGCGUGGCGUGAGAAGCCCAUGUUCUUGGUCAACAGUUUCUUCGUGCAGGACGUCGCCAAGAUGGCAAGACCAGCGGACGUGGACGAUUUUGCGAGGAUGUUCCUCACCAUGAAUGUUGGUGUCGAAGAGACGAAGCAUUUCAUGCUAGAGGUGUAA